AUGAAGUACAUUCAUUCCGAGGAGACCUUGAAUGUCCCUGAGGGGGUCAAGGUCACCAUCAAGUCGAGAAUUGUCACCGUCGAGGGUCCACGAGGCAAGCUCGUCAAGAACCUUUACCACUUGGCCGUGAACUUCUCCCACCCAAAGAAGGACGUCAUCAACAUCGAGCUGCAUCACGGUGCCCGAAAGAAUGUCGCUACCCUCCGCACAGUCCGAACUCUCAUCAACAACAUGAUCAUUGGUGUCACGAAGGGAUUCAAGUACAAGAUGCGAUAUGUCUACGCACAUUUCCCCAUCAACGUCAACGUGGACCAGAACAAGGAGACUGGCCUGUACGAGGUUGAGAUCCGAAACUUCAUUGGCGAGAAGAUUGUCCGAAAGGUCGUCAUGCACGAGGGUGUCGAGGUUGAGCCAUCCAAGAAUCAGAAGGAUGAGCUGCAGCUGUGGGGUAACUCGCUCGAGAACGUUUCACAAAGCGCGGCGGACAUUCAACAAAUUUGCAGAGUACGGAACAAGGAUAUUCGAAAGUUCUUGGACGGUCUGUAUGUUUCGGAGAAGGGCAACGUUGAGGGGGAGGCUUGA